AUGGCUUUUGUUCACUGCGGGUCUGAAGAGUGCGCCAAAUCCGAACUAGACUUGUUUCAAAUAGCCCCUACGCAGACCAGCAUCGAAAAAAGCAUUUACAUUGAGGUGCCGCCUCUAUCGGCCGUUACGGAGUCUGCCCCCAUUGACUUUUUUAUAGCAGGGAAUGGCAUAGAUUAUAUGGAUUUAAACAACACGCUGCUUUACCUGUGUUGCAUGAUUGUAAAAGGAGACGGAACCGAACUUGCCACGGACGCCGAAGUGGGCCUGGUGAAUUACCCUGUGGCCUCUAUUUUCAGCCAGUUGGAUGUUACGCUGGGAGACCGCCUUGUAAGCCAAAGCAACAAUUGUUAUCCUUACAGGGCCUUUAUAGAAUCAGUGCUCAAUUACAGCGAUGACACCCUCGCCACGCAAUUUUCUGCCGUGGAUGUGAAAAUUAAACUGACGCGCAGUAAAGACGCUUUCUGUUUAAUGGGCAGCGCGGCUGAAGGCUUUAAACUGCGCAUUGUAUCAGCGUCCCUUUUUGUGAAGAAAGUACGGGUGGCCCCGGGUGUCCGUCUGGGGCACGCGGAGGCCCUGCUUGCCUCUAAUGCUAAAUACCCCAUGGACCGUGUGGGAAUGAAAGUGUUUAGCAUCCCUGCGGGCAGCAGGGUCAGUAACCAGGAGAACCUGUUUUUGGGACAGUUACCCAAAAUGCUCGUCCUAGGGUUUGUGGAUAACGAUGCCUUUAGCGGAAGUUACACUAAAAAUCCCUUUCAUUUUAAACAUUACGAUAUAAAUUUUGUGGCCUUGUAUGUGGAUGGUGAACAGGUACCGACCAAGCCUCUGCAACCGGACUUCGAGGCAGGACGCUGCGUGAGAGAAUACAUGAAUCUGGUACAGACAGCUGGUAAACACAUGAAAGAUCGUUCUUUGUUAAUUGACCGGGAGGAGUUUGCACAGGGUUACACCUUGUUUGCCUUUGACCUGUCUCCCGACCAGGAAUCUGCAGAUCAUUAUUCCCUAAUUAAAACUGGGAACCUGAGAGCAGAAAUACGUUUUGGAAAGGCUUUGACAGUCACCGUUAAUAUGAUCGUGUAUGGGGUUUUUGACAAUGUCAUAGAGAUAAAUCAGAGAAGAAACGUUCUGUUUGACUACAUGUGA